AUGAAACGCCGAGUUCUGUUCCUUUCUGGUAUCAUUGCGCUGUACGUCGUGGUCAACGCGUUGGUGCAGUACGUGUUCGAUGCGGCCGCGAUUGAGACCGCCCUGGAACAGAUCCGCUCGGUCACGAACGUCAAGGGUGGGCCGAUCCUUGCCAAACUCCUUCUGCGCUGCUUGGGCGGCAGAUAG